AUGUUUCCCUCUUUUUUUACUGCAGGCAUCUUCACCGCCCCCCUGAAAGGUCUCUACUACAUUCGGAUGACCGGCAGUGUCGGAAACUCCGGGUCCGUGGACAUUUCACUGAGGAAGAACGGUCGGAGUAUGUUUGGCAUCUACAACACCAAUGAAAAGUACAGCAGCAGCUCCAACGGCAUGACAAUGGUCCUGGAGGCCGGUGACCAGCUGUGGGUCACCCUCUGGAGCGGAAACAGCAUCUUCGACCAGGGUCAACUCAGCACCUUCAGCGGCUUCCUCAUCUGCCCCAUGUAGGAGGAGCCUGACUCACCUGCACCUGCUGUGGAGGAGGUGGAGGAAGUCUAGAUCUAGAUCACUACCGGAAAAUAUAC